AUGGCCUCGGGCUCGAGAUCGAUCGCCACGAAUUCCGGUAAAAUUGCUCGGAUCAUUCAAGAAGGAAUUACUGCUGGCCUGCAAAGGAAUGCUCGGGGACCAACAUGUUUCACCCCUAACACUCCAUUCACGCCAGAGAUAUUGUCAUAUCCCUUGCGCGACAAAUUCAAAUAUCCUUGCAUUAAAGAGUAUAAUGGGAUGACCGACCCCAUCAACCAUCUCAAUAUAUUUAUUGAUGUCAUGAACUUGCAAGUUGCGCUGGUUCAGGUUAUGUGCAAAGCCUUUCCACAAACACUGACUAAUGCUGCUAGGGAUUGGUCCUCAACAUUGGAGCCCAACUCCAUAGCCUCAUUCUCAGAUUUGGCUGAUAAGUUUUUAGCCUUCUUUGCAAGUAGCAAGCGAAUCAGGAAAACUGCGGCCUCUCUCGUGCAACUUCGCCAGGGACCAACUGAAACCCUACGAGGAUUUAUAACAAGGUUCAACAAGGAAAGGCUUCAAAUACCCGACCUUCACAUCACAGCAGCUAUCUCCGCCCUUACUUACGCUGUAAGAUGUGAAGCUUUCAAGAUGUCUUUAUCAAAGAUCCCGCUACAAACAGUGACCGAGCUCCCCACCCGAGCUGAAAAAUACAUUAAUAUGGAGGAAACACUAAAUCCAAGGAGACCUGGUCCUUCCCAUGAAAAGACCGAGAACAAGAGACAACAUGAUCCCAUCCUCCGGCAUGAGCUUCCUCGGGAUAAGCAUAGGAAUGAGGCCUCGUUAGCACCUCUCACUCGAUUGAACACCUCUAAGACAAACAUCUUGAUGGAGAUUAAGGAUAUGAAAUAA